AUGAGUGUGACAUUCGAAAAGACGUUUCGAAGAGACGCUUUAAUAGAGAUUGAAAAGAAGUACCAAAAACAAUGGGAAGAAGAUAAAUUGUUCGAGAUUAAUGCCCCAACAUUUGAAGAAUGUCCUACGGAUAACAUUGAUGAAGUUAGAGAAAAAUAUCCAAAAUACUUUGCUACUAUGGCGUACCCAUAUAUGAACGGUGUUUUACAUGCCGGACACGCUUUCACCUUAUCGAAAGUGGAAUUUGCAACUGGAUUCGAAAGAAUGAAUGGUAAAAGAGCAUUAUUUCCUUUGGGAUUCCACUGCACUGGUAUGCCAAUCAAGGCUGCAGCAGAUAAAAUUAAAAGAGAGGUUGAAUUAUUUGGAGCUGAUUUUUCAGGUGCUCCGGCAGAAGAUGAAACUGCUGAGCAAAAAGUUGAGGCAAAAGCCAAGAGAGAAGACGUGACAAAAUUUAGCUCCAACAAGUCCAAAGCAGCAGCUAAAACGGGUAGAGCAAAGUUUCAAUUUGAAAUCAUGUUGCAAUUGGGUAUUCCUAGAGAAGAGGUUGCAAAGUUUGCCAACACUGAUUACUGGCUUGAAUUCUUUCCUCCUUUGUGCCAAAAGGAUGUUUCUUCGUUUGGUUCCAGAGUUGAUUGGAGGCGUUCAAUGGUAACUACUGACGCUAACCCAUACUACGAUGCAUUUGUCAGGUGGCAAAUCAAUAGAUUGAGAGACUGCGGUAAGAUCAAGUUUGGAGAAAGAUACACCAUUUACUCCGAGAAAGAUGGUCAAGCUUGUUUAGAUCAUGAUAGACAAUCAGGUGAAGGUGUAACUCCACAGGAGUAUGUUGGUAUCAAGAUCAGAGUAGACGAGUUUGCUCCUGCAGCUAAAGAAACUUUGGAGAAGGAAAAUGUCAACUUGAGUAAUAAAAAAGUAUACUUAGUUGCAGCCACAUUAAGGCCUGAGACCAUGUAUGGUCAAACUACUUGUUUUGUGAGUCCAAAGAUUGAUUAUGGUAUUUUUGAUGCAGGAAAUGAUGAGUAUUUCAUCACAACUGAACGUGCUUUCAAAAACAUGUCCUUCCAGAACUUGACUCCAAAGAGAGGUUUCUACAAGCCCAUUGCAACAAUUAAUGGUAAGGCAUUGAUUGGAUCCAAAAUUGAUGCGCCAUUGGCUCAAACCAAGAAUUUGAGAGUCUUGCCAAUGGAGACAGUUAAGGCCACAAAGGGUACUGGUGUUGUCACUUGUGUGCCAUCAGACUCGCCAGAUGAUUACAUAACGACAAAGGACCUCGCAAAUAAACCAGAAUACUACGGAAUUGAAAAAGAAUGGGUAAACACUGAGAUAAUACCAAUUGUACAUACUGAGAAAUAUGGUGACAAAUGUGCUGAGUUUUUAGUCAAUGAACUCAAAAUUAAAUCUCCAAAAGAUGCAUUGCAAUUGGCUGAGGCCAAGGAGUUGGCAUAUAAAGAGGGUUUUUACAAUGGUACAAUGAUGGUUGGAAAGUACAAGGGAGAGAAGGUGGAAGCAGCCAAACCCAAGGUCAAGGAGGAUUUGAUUGCCUCUGGUGAUGCCUUUGUCUAUAGUGAACCCGAGAACCAAGUCAUUUCGAGAUCUGGUGAUGAUUGUUGUGUUUCCUUGGAAGACCAGUGGUUUAUUGAUUACGGUGAAGAGGUUUGGUUAGGCCAAGCUUUGGAAUGUCUCAAAGAUAUGGAAUUGUUUUCAAGCGAAACGAGAAAUGGGUUUGAAGGUGUAUUUGCAUGGAUGAAAAAUUGGGCCGUUACUAGAAAGUUUGGAUUGGGAACGAAAUUGCCAUGGGACCACCAGUAUUUGGUGGAGUCUUUAUCUGACUCGACAGUGUACAUGGCGUACUACACUAUUGAUCGCUUCUUGCAUUCAGACUAUUAUGGUAAGGUUCCAGGUAAGUUUGAUAUAAAGCCGGAACAGUUGACUGAUGAAGUUUUUGACUUUAUCUUUACCCGUAGAGAUGACAUUGAAUCCCAUAUCCCACUUGAUCAAUUGAAAGAGAUGAGAAGAGAGUUUGAGUAUUUCUAUCCUUUGGACGUGAGAAUUUCAGGUAAAGAUUUGAUUCCAAACCAUUUGACAUUUUUCAUUUACACUCAUGUUGCUUUAUUCCCAAAAAAACUCUGGCCUAGAGGAGUUAGGGCAAACGGUCACUUGUUGUUGAACAAUGCCAAGAUGUCCAAAUCUACUGGUAACUUCAUGACUUUGGAGCAAAUAGUUGAGAAAUUUGGAGCAGAUGCAUCAAGGAUAGCCAUGGCUGAUGCAGGUGACUCUGUCGAAGAUGCCAACUUUGAUGAAUCUAAUGCUAACGCCGCUAUUUUGAGAUUGACAACAUUGAAAGACUGGUGUGAGGAUGAGUUGAAAAAACAAAAUGAAUUGAGAACUGGGGAAUAUGAUUCAUUCUUUGACGAAGCAUUUGAGAAUGAAAUGAAUGAAUUGAUUGAAAAAUCAUACUAUCAAUAUACUUUGAGUAAUUACAAGCAAGCUUUGAAAUUUGGUUUGUUUGAUUUUCAAAUUGCGAGGGAUUUCUAUAGAGAGUCAGUCAAUUCCGCCUCAAUUGGAAUGCAUAAAGACCUUGUUUUGAAAUACAUUGAAUACCAGGCAUUAUUGUUGGCACCAAUUGCUCCUCAUUUUGCUGAGUAUCUUUACAAAGAGGUGUUGUCUAAAGAAGGUAGUGUGCAAAAUGCACAAUUUCCAAAGCCUUCAAAGCCAGUGUCAAAGUCAGUGUCUGAAUCCUUGGAGUAUGUUAGACAUGUCGCCCGUGCAAUUCGUGAAGCUGAAGGUUCUGGUUUGAGAAAGAAGAAAGGCAAGGCUGAUUUGGAAACAGGAGACUCUGUUAAGUUGACCAUUUUGGUGUCAAACACAUUCCCUGAUUGGCAAGAGAAUUACAUUGAAUUCGUGCGUGAGUUAUUUGAAACGCAGAAGCUUUCGGAUAACAAUUUGAUAAAGGAAAAAGUUGGCAAGGAUAUGAAGAGAGCCAUGCCUUUUAUCAACCAGUUGAAAAUCAGACUCAACACUGAAGACCCAAAAAUUGUGUUUAACCGUAAAUUGAAUUUCAACGAAGUUGACACUUUAAAGAAAGUCGUUAAUCUCAUCAAAAACUCACCUUACUCGAUCAAAGUUAAGGAGUUGCAAGUUAUUGCCUUCGACAAUGGAAGUGACAAGGGACAAGAUGUUUUGACUGGUGAAAAUGUCGAUAUUGAGAUAAAGGGCAAAGUCAAAGAUGCUGCUGUUCCAGGUUUCCCUGGUAUCUCACUCAAGAAGGUGGAAGCUUGA